GAGAAAAUCACAACACAGGCAGAUAGGCAGCAACAGACACGAAGCGGUGAUUGAGAUAGGACCAAAUAGAAUGAAGAGGGAGUUGGCGAUUGAGAAAGUGAGAGAGAUAGGGUCAAUAAUAGACUGGGCGAUACGGAGACAUAUUGAUUUGAGGAAUAUUGUGUCAAAAUCCGUUAGAAUAACUCUCUGUGUUCCCUGAGUGACGGGAAGGGAGAAAACACACGCACACACCGUCCGGAGUCCGAAAAUGGAGGGCAUGGCUUAUGGAGCUGGGAAGGCUGGAGGUGCUUUCAACCCUAUAACGUUCUUCCAGCAGCCACACACGAUCCUCCGGAUCCUCUCUUGGUUUUUCUCCAUUGUGAUCUUUGGUUCUAUAGCCAACGAGGGUUACGUGAACCGACCUGACGAGGCCCAGGAGUUCUGUAUCUUCAACAGGAACCAGAAUGCGUGUAACUAUGGACUGUUCAUGGGAACCUUGGCCUUUCUCUGCUGUCUGGCCUUCCUGGCCCUGGAUGUCUACUUCCCACAGAUCAGCUCCGUCAAGGACCGCAAGAAGGCUGUACUGGCAGACGUAGGGGUUUCAGCGUUCUGGUCCUUCAUGUGGUUCGUGGGGUUCUGCUUCCUGACCAACCAAUGGCAGGUGGCGAAGCAGGAGGACAACCCCCUGAGGGAGGGAGGGGAUGCUGCUCGCGCUGCUAUCACCUUCGCCUUCUUCUCCAUAUUCACCUGGGGUGGGCUGACUCUCUUCUCCAUGGAGAGGCUAAAGAGUGUGUCCUUCGAAGAGGAGUACCAGAAGCUGUUCACCCCUCAGCCCCCCAUCCCACUAAUAUGAUCUGUGUUCUUCUAAUAACCUUCUAGCUCCCUUUGCUUUUAAAACUUCAGUCUGCAUUUACAACUUUUCACCCCCAGCCCCCUAUCCCACUAAUAUAAGGUGUUGUUCUAGUAGGAAACCUCUAUCUCCAAUCCCUCUGCAGCUAACCUCUUACUGCUUCUAGUCAGACGCUGCUGUGACUGUGAAAUAUCUGUAUCACGCACACAGACACACACACACACGCAGACACACAGAUACACACACAGCGUAGGCAGGCACCUACUGUAGGCUACCUCCACCAUUUUGUGAAAGGCUGGCAAAUUAGUUUGUCUUUAUAACUCAAAAGCCUUUAAAAUGCUUUAGCUAUUCAAUAAAUAUGCACAUUUAGUAAAAAUACAUUUUUAUCACAUUUACUGCAUAUCUUCUUGUGCUCUUGUCUUUUUUAUCUGAAGAGUGUGAAUGAUUAUUUGUUUUCACCAAACCAAAAAACAGCUAAACAACUGCUUUGAUAACUAACUGACCCUGAGUGACUCAAGGCAUGUGUCUAAAAGGGCACCCUAUUCCCUAUAUAGUGCACUACUUUUGAACAGAGCUAUAAAGGGAAAGGGGUGCCAUUUGGGAUGCAAUCAAGCAAUUUAAUAAAGAUUUAACCUAGCUUUCCAGACAACUAAUUCAAUUCAUCUUUCUUUCUUUCUUUCUUUCUUUCUUUCUUUCUUUCUUUCUUUCUUUCUUUUUCUUUCUUUCUUUCUUUCUUUCUUUCUUUCUUUCUUUCUUUCUUUCUUUCUCCCUUUCAAACCUAAUCCACAAAUGCUGCAUUUGUUUAUCAUCUCUUACACCACUACCUAACCACACCCCAUCCACCCCAAACUUCCACCUCCACCCCCUACGAUACCCAUCCACCAUUCAACUACCCCCUCAAAACUUCCCUUCCCAACCUACCCACUCCUCUCCACCUUACCCCUUAACCUCCUCCACCUUCUUCACCCUCCUCCCUUCUAUUUCCCUCCACCUCACCACCUAAUCUACACACCUCUACCUCUCUCUCCACCUACCCCGUCCCCACCCUAACCUCCUCAACCCUCCCACUGCACCUUCUUCACCCUACCUCCCUCCCAUUUCCCUUCACCUCACCCCCAACCUACACCCCUCUACCUCCCCACCUCCUUCCCACUUCACUUCACCUCACCCCUCAACCCCAACUAUGCCCUCCCACACCACUCUCUUCACCCACCUCCUCCCUCCCUCCCCAAGGCGGCCCAGUCCUUCUUCGGCUAUCAGAGGUACAAGCUGGGGGCAGACUCUGCUCUAUUCUCCCAGGACUACAUAGACCCCAGCCUGGAUGCUGGGGCGGCCGGGGACCCCUACACCUCCUUCACGGCCGGGGGGAACAACCUGGGACAAGGAGACCCUGUGGGGGGGUCCUCCUAUCAGGGGAUUAAUGGUGAGGGGGGUGGAGGGUACCAGGAGUACUGAGGGAG